AUGGAGCAGACACGGCGGAGACCCGGGCCCCAGACAUCCAGAGGCCCCCCAGAGCACAAGAGUUCCAGGAGAACCACCACAGGGACAGCACCCCCACCUCGAAAGGGGCAGCGGAGAGCCCAGAGGGGGGCCAUCCAGCAGCCCCAGUGCAGACGCCCCAGGGGGCUGUGGCAACAGGACCGCAGGCUCCGCCGGCGGCCGUCCACUCCGAGGCAGUCCGGUCCCUGGGUCCAGAGAUCCCAGGGCCCCUCCACCCCCCAGCCGGUGCCCAGCCAAGCCAGGAGAGCCAGAUCCCGCCCAGUGACCGCCAGUGGAUACUCGCAGAUGGUAGAAAUAUACCCACCAGCUGAAGAGGCCCCCAGCUCCACCGAUGCGUCGAAGGUCCCUGCCCAGGGCCAGGCACCAGGGCAAGCACCAACCCACAUCCCGGCAGCACACCAGCCAGGACCCACGCCCCCCAGGCCCAGCAGGAACCCCAGCCCAGAGGCAGAGCGCCCCCAGGACCCCAAACCCCCCCGGACCUAUCUCGGAGCGGUACGGCCGCCAGGCCGGCAACCUACGUCCGCCGACAUGGGCCUCCCCAGCAGCGCCGCGUGCGGCAGCUAG